AUGAAGACACAGCUCUUCUCAGAGAGAAAUACCGCAAAGAGGAGCUCGCAUACGCUUCCCCAGGUGCAAAGAAAACUGCAUCAGCUGAACCACCUUCGCAGAGUAAAGGACAUAGACGAUAUGCUGGUCAAAUCCUCUAGGGAAACAGACCACGUCGCACAGCUCCGGGUAUGCUUCUCCAUACUUAACAAGUACGGCAUGAAGCUGAACCCGACUAAGUGUACAUUCGGAGUUCCGUCUGGCGAGUUCCUCGGUUACCUAGUAACUGAACGCGGAAUCGAGGCGAACCCGAAGCAAAUCUCUGCCCUCUUAGAUAUGCCUUCUCCAGAAAAUACUAGAGAAGUACAACGGUUAACCGGUCGAAUAGCAGCCCUUAAUAGGUUCAUUUCCCGGUCAACCGACAAGUGUCUUCCAUUUUACCAGCUCCUCCGAGGAAAUAAAAAAUUCCUCUGGGACGAAAAAUGCGAAGAAGCUUUCAAACAGCUCAAAACUUACCUCAGCGAACCUCCUAUACUGGCAAAACCAGUAGAAGGAGAACCGCUAUACCUUUACAUCGCGGUCUCGCCUGCAGCGUCAGCGGGGUCUUAG